AUGCCAGACCCGACGGUAUUGAAACACGGCAACACCCCUGGGGACCUGGGACACGCCCCUCCAGACCUGGGAGACCUGGGACACGCCCCUCCAGACCUGGGAGACCUGGGCCACGCCCCUCCAGACCUGGGACACGCCCCUCCAGACCUGGGAGACCUGGGACACGCCCCUCCAAACCUGGGAGACCUGGGCCACGCCCCUCCAGACCUGGGAGACCUGGGCCACGCCCCUCCAGACCUGGGAGACCUGGGACACGCCCCUCCAAACCUGGGAGACCUGGGCCACGCCCCUCCAGACCUGGGAGACCUGGGCCACGCCCCUCCAGACCUGGGAGACCUGGGCCACGCCCCUCCAGACCUGGGAGACCUGGGCCACGCCCCUCCAGACCUGGGAGACCUGGGCCACGCCCCAUCAGACCUGGGCACGCAGCCCCACACCCACGCUGCACUCUCUCAAGUAACUUGA